AUGUCAGAAAAUAGUGUUAGAAGGAAAUUGGUAAUAAUUGGAGAUGGAGCAUGUGGUAAAACAUCAUUACUGUAUGUAUUUACAUUAGGUCAAUUUCCAAAAGAAUAUCAUCCAACAGUAUUUGAAAACUACGUGACGGAUUGCCGAGUAGAUGGGAUCAAAGUGACCUUAGCAUUAUGGGAUACAGCAGGGCAAGAAGAAUACGAAAGGUUGAGGCCAUUUUCAUAUUCUAAAGCAGAUAUAAUACUAAUAGGGUUUGCUAUUAAUGAUAAAGAAUCGUUAGAGAAUGCACGAACUAAAUGGGCAGAGGAAGUGUACCGAUAUUGUCCACAAGCACCUAUAAUACUUGUUGGAUUGAAAAGUGAUUUGAAAAAAGAUGAAGAUCCUAGAAAUAUAGUAAGUAGAGAAGAGGCCCAAAGGAUAGCUGAUGUGAUUGGGGCUAAAAAAUACAUGGAAUGUAGUGCCUUAUCUGGAGAGGGUGUAGAUGAUGUGUUUGAAGUAGCCACAAGAACAAGUCUGCUGAUGAAUAAAGAACCUGGUGGAAGCUGUUGUUCGAUUAUGUGA